AUGCCAGGAAAUUUUAUUAAUGAAGUUAAUUCAUGCGUAGAAGAUUCACUUAUUGGUUAUGUUCGUACGCAUGAUAAUUUAGAAUUAGCUGGACGAGCAGUUAUUUCACGAUCACCAAUACGAUCCGUAGCUGUUAUUAGUGGAAAUGGAGCUGGUCAUGAACCAGCAAUGAUUGGAUUUGUCGGUCGUGGAUUAUUAAAUGCUUGUAUAUCAGGUCCAAUAUUUGCAUCACCACCAUCAGCAGAUAUAUUUCGUCUCAUUGUGGAAAUGAAACGUCGUGGUGCUAAACAAAUACUUAUAAUUAUUCUUAACUACACGGGAGAUCGUCUUAAUUUUGGUUUAGCUAUGGAACGUGCUAGAGAACUAGCUAUUGAUAUUGAUAUGUUAGUUAUUGCUGAUGAUAUUGCACUUAAUAAUCCUAUUGGGCCUCGAGGUUUAGCUGGAGCUUUAUUAAUAAUUAAAAUUGCUGGUGAACUAGCUGAACAAGGUAAAAAUAUGACUCAAAUUGUUGAUAUUUGUCAAAAAGUACGUGCUCAUUUACGUACAAUUGGUUUAUCUGCUUCGGGUAUUCGAGCACCGGGUCAACAACAAUCAUUUGAUUUAAUGGACGAUGAAAUGGAACUUGGCAUGGGUAUACAUGGUGAAACUGGUGUACAAAAAUUAAAAUUAUUACCAGUACGACAAACAAUUGAUUUAGCAUUCGAUCAAUUAUUUGUUGGUCCACGUACACUUGAUCUUUCACCUGAUACUAGUGUAUUACUUUUUGUCAAUAAUCUAGGUGGUUGUUCAAAUCUUGAAUUAGGUGUUAUUGUUAAAGAUGCUAUUGAAAAUUUAGAACAACGAAAAUUACAUGUUAAACGUGUCAUUUGUGGAGAAAUGAUGACAUCAUUUAAUAUGAAAGGUUUUUCAUUAAGUGUACUUAAAUUGGCAACAGAUAUGAGUUCAACUAUUUUAAAUUUACUUGAUGCACCAACUGAUGCUUUUGCUUGGCCUAAAAUGAUCAGUCCAGUACAAUCAUCAAAUAGUAUUCAAGCAGUAUCAGAUUCAUUAGAAUUUAGUGAACAAUUUACUUCACAAAUUGUAAUAAGUGAAUCUCCUUUAUCAUUGGAUUCAUCUCAUAGUGAAUUAGUUAAUCAAGCUCUUCAAGCUAUUGUUAAACGACUUCAUAGUGAAACAGAUGAAUUAAAUCGAUUAGAUGCUGUUUCAGGUGAUGGUGAUACGGGUACGGCAUUUCUACGAGCAGCUGAAGCCAUAGCACGUGAUCUAGCUAAUAAAAAAUUAGUACUUUAUCGACCAUCAUCACUUUUUCGUCGUCUUGGUCUUAUUGCAGAAAGUCGAAUGGGUGGAACAUCUGGAGCAAUUUGUGGAUUAUUUUUUGCAGCGACAGCUAAACAAUUAUCAUUAUCAAAGUACUCAGGAAAAGUAAUUGAUAGUCUUUGUGAUGCAUUUGAAGCAGGAAUACAAUCCGUUGAAUCCUAUGCACGUGUGCAACCAGGUGAUAAAAGUUUAUUAGAUGCACUUAUUCCAGCUAUUGAUUUUGUUAAAUCAAAACGUACACAACAAAAUUUUAGAGCACAUGAUUGGAAAGACUUAGCAAUUGUUACUCAACAAGCUGCUCAAGAAACUAGAAAUUUUGUAGCUAAAGUUGGCCGAGCUGCAUUUGCAAAACGCGUAGAAAAUAUGGUACCUGAUCCUGGUGCUAUAGCUGUUUCUAUUAUAAUUCAAGCGAUCUGUGAUACCUUUGCUAAAGCAGCUAGUAAAUAA